AUGCCUUUGCUGCUGCAGCUGAUCCCUGUGUGUCUGAUUGCUUAUGGGUCAAAGGAGCUGGGCACAAACCGGAGCUCCCUGUAUGAGUGGUCAGCCCCUAGCAACUACCUGGAGCUCAUUGUCACAGGAGUGUAUCAGAGACCCCAACUCUUGUUUCAGCCAGAUGCUGUGCUGAAGUACCCUAAGAACAAGACCCUGACAUGUAUCUCAAAGACUUGGUUUGACUCAUUCCAUCUGUCCAAGGAAGGUGAUGCUGGUCCCCUGCAGCACCUGAGAUCAGAGUACAAGGCCAGGAUGUUCCAGGCCACCUUCCCGCUGAGCCCUGUGACCCUGGCCCUUGGAGGCACCUUUCGAUGCUAUGGCUCUCUAAGCACAGUCUCCUCUCUGUGGCCCAGUCCCAGUGACCCUCUGGUGCUGGAGGGCAGAGAGAACAUCCUCCAGCUGGGCCUGGGUGGUGUGUUUCUGUCGCUUCUGCUGGGACUGCUGGCGGAAGCCUGGCUGAGCAGGAAGGACAUACCGAAGUCUGCCCGGAGACUACCCUUCUGA